AUGUCGGGGUCAGGGGAGCAGGACUCGGAAUAUGUGGAGGAGUCCGAGUCGGAGGAGGCGGGCUCGUCAGAGGUGGAUGGUAGUGACGAUGACGUCGAUUCAGAGCCGGAUGAAGAGGAAGCGGAAAGCAUGAAGAAGUGGAUGUCUGUAAUUGACAAGACCUUCGAGGAAAUGGAGCUCCCACCCAAGGUGGUGACGGCCACGCAAAAAGCAUGGAAUGGCUUCGUGUCAGUGUUUGAGAAGCGUGAGGCUGCGGCCGACGCGAUUUACGGGGCCUUCUUUGAUGCCUCCCCAAACCUUCAGGGUAUGUUCAGAGCACCACGAGCCGCGAUGGGCUUGCGCAUCUUGGCCGGUAUCGAGACCUUCAUAAUCAAUGCAGGGAACCCUGCGGGGUUACGCAAGGAGGUCGAGGCCAUCGCGUUCAAUCAUCUGGACCUGGAUGUCACAGGCCCUCGCGUAGAAAUGUUCCGGGAGUCCACACUGGAAGUCUUCGACCUAGAGCUGGGCGCCUUGUUCGGAACGCGUGCACGCCUAGGCCUGUCGGCAGUGAUGACCUAUGCGGGAGGCGCGUACAUUCAUUGCAGGAGAGAGUACGCAGGACGGAUUCGAAUCCUGCAGAGAAGUUGGAAUACCGCUGCCAAGAAAGGAAAUGAUGUAGAAAUGAUAGAGGACUUGGACAGCAAGUCUGAUGAGGAGGAAGAAGAGGAAGAGGUACCACAAGAAACCGAAGCUGCAAACGAGCUCGCGAAGACCCAAGAGGGGCAGGAGGGAACGACGAAAGCCUCGGCUCUGAAGGUACCCACGACCUUCGAUGAAAUGUUUCUCUUCAAUGCUGCGGUUAUGGGCUACGCAAAUAGCAACUGGAUGAAGUUCAUCUUGGAGUACUUCGAUCCAAUUGUGAGCAAUGUAGCUAACUCCUACCGCCUGCAAGAGGAAUGUGAUGUUCUCUCACUGAAUCUUGCCAAGUGCAAGGGUGAGAUCAACCUCCCCGAGUUCAAGGCCGUCAUGCUGGCUUCCUUGAGGUCGCUCGUGCCCAAAGAUUGGAACUCGCAGCAUGAAGUUGCCUGGAACUGGCUUUGGGAGAACGUCGAGAGGCUGCUCCGAGCGCAGCUGGGCAAGCCGCGUGCACAGCAAAAGGCCAUAGAGCGCUUCCUGGUGAACCUCUCGCAGGAGGCUCUGACCAACUAUUGCCGCGAUGUGUAUAAGAGGUUCUUCCAGUUGGCACCCUCCGGGCAAGAUUUCUUCAAGCAGUCCACCACACGUCUCUUCUUCAUUGCGGAGAAGAUCGUGGAGAUGACUGUGGAGAUGUACCGGACUCCUAAGAAGAUGGUGGAAGAGCUCUCGGGCCUUGGCUUAAGGCACGUGGGCUAUGGUGUGCCUACCGAGCUCUUCUCGCCCUACGUGUCGGCAGCCGUUGAGGUGAUCCGCGGUGUGACUACCGACGAAACGACGGAGACGGCUUUCCGAUGGUCCCUGACGCUGAUUGCAAAAAUCAUGGUUCGGACCUUGGUGGAGGGCUCGACGGUUGUCAUGCAGGCCAUUAACACCAACGUGGAGAAGAAUCUUCGAAGGGCCAUUUCAGUGGCUCCGCGCGGCAAGAGGGCCAUGGAGCUGUUGAAGAUCACGGUCGGUACGCAGUCGAUCUCUCCCCUCUAUUGGGCCAUCGAGUCCGGCAGCUUGAUCUGUGCGCAGGCCAUGCUUCAGGACCUGCUGACGAUCCGGGCUGACAGGGACAACUACUACUACGGAGCAGACGCCCUCUUUACUCGACACCCAGAGGUCAUCAAGAAGCUGGCAUCCAGUGCACCAUCGCUGUUGGACUGUCUCCUGGAGGGGUUGAUUUGGCGUUCUCGGGUGAUCGUCAACGGCACGAGAAGGGUCAAUUGCUACUUGAAACACCUUGUGCAAGACAUAGAUGGAAACCCUCACCAGGCUCUUCAGUGGCUUGUAGAGUACGGUAAUCCCAUCACCAUCAGCAUGUUCACGGUGGUUCUGGUAGCGGACCUGAUGUGGACCCGCCUCGUAGCCUACCAAUUCCUCAUCGGCAGAUGUUACUUCCUUUUCACUCUUUGCGUCGCUGUUACGAGCCAGUCCUUGCUGACCCUGUCGAGCCCCGAUGCGACGGAGACUUUUGAGUCCAACAUUGUCGUUUUUUCAUGUCGUGUCUUCAUCUACCUCGGCAGCAUGUGCAAGAUACUGUACAACCAGUUAAGACUCUUGCAGCUAGACUGCAAGAAUCGCGCCUUUGAGCGGAGAUGCUGCCUGCCCAUUCCGCAGUAUCUCUUCAGCUUGAAGGAAGCUGGCAACUUUUUGCUUAUGUGGGUUCUGCUUGGCAUGUGCAUCAGGGAGCCACUGUGGUGGUGCUCGCAGUUCACCAAUACGGAGGAAACGUUAAUAUUCACCACGCACUGCGAAGCGGCCAAAGGCGACGGACGAAGACUUUAUUCUGCCUUCUCCUGCAUCGCAAUUCUAUUAUACUGGUCUCUGGUGCUUGACUUUACCAUCUUCUCAAUGCAUAUUUCAGCCUAUGUACUGGUUUUUGGAAGAGUCUUGUCAGAGGUGUUCCUCUUCGUUAUGGCCCUGGCCUUCAUGAUCGUCGCUUUCGCAAGCGCGGUUAGUGCUAUAGAGCACGAACUCUGGGAGUUUGCGGGUAUCAGCACUUGGCUUAUUUCCCUGACGCAGAUGUCCUUGGGAAUGUUCCCACACGACUCUUACGAGGAAUUGAAAGCUGAGGCAGGCAUCAUGAUCGUGAUCAUUGGCUUCGUUCUGAUGGUGUCGGUAAUCCUUGUGAACCUGCUCGUGGCCCAGUUGAACCAGGCCUACCAGCAUGUCUACACGGACAUGCAAGGCUACGCGCGUCUGAACCGUGCUUCUGUCAUCGUUAGCACGUUGGAGCAGAUCUCUAGCAAGCGAUGGGCCAGAUUCCUGAAAGGCCUGAAGCUGAACGACCGACUGGAGUUCAACGAGGGUGAUGUGGGCUUGCCUGGUGGGGUUCAGAUUGUAGAGCCAGCCUCUUCGCACAUCGUCACCGAAGACUCCAUCCGGCGAUUUGGAGGUUCGAGUGCAACGACAAUGCCAUGGCCAGAGGAGGAUGACUCCAUGGAAGACAGGUUUGAUCGUCUGGAGAAGUUGUUCAUGAGCACGGCUAAAAAGAUGGGCGGGAAGAGGCGCAAGAAGAAAGGUGAUGGAGGCUCCAGUUUACUUUCUGGCCUCUCUGGGGCCAACUCGGGUGGCAGUGAUGACAGUGGCGGCAGCGGAGACAGUUGA